AUGAAGUUGGCCAAGCGCAAGAUCCCUCCCGACGUCGAGGGACAAGCCGUCUCUCUACUACCAGAAGACCCUGAGGACAUGUGGCAUAUCUACAACCUCAUUGCAACCGGCGACAUCGUCCACGGCUCGACCACCCGAAAAGUCGCGCUCGAGAAUGCCGAAACGGGCGUCAGCGGCGGCGGCGAGCGUGUGCGCGUGGACCUGGCCAUCAAGGUCAAGAAUACAUCUUUCGAUACAAAAACGUGCAUCCUCCGAGUGAGCGGUGCUAUCGUAUCCGAGAACGAAGUUGCCAACUUGGGCGCCCACCAUUCCAUCGAGUUCGAGCCGCACCGAUCCUUUUCUAUCAUCAAGCCUGAGCCGGACGGUUGGGACUCGGUCGCCUCCGACACGCUGCGCCAGGCUCUGUCUGACGACAAGAACGGGGCCGUCGCCGCCGUCGUCAUGCAGGAAGGCCUGGCCAACAUCUGCCUCGUUACCGACUUCCGCACCGUCCUCAAGUCCCGCAUAGAGGUCCCCAUCCCACGCAAGCGCGACGCCGCCUCCCGCCAGGACGCAGGCAUGCGCAGCUUCUUCGACAAGACUCUUUCGUCGCUCCUCCGUACCGCCGACUUUACACAAUCACGUCCGCUCCUACUAGCUAGUCCCGGUUUCGUUGCCGCCGACUUCAAGAAAUACAUUUCCGACAAGGGUCGCGACAAGUCGGACAAGGUGCUGAUGGCUGUGGCCAGCAUGGCGACCGUCGUGCACGCCGCCUCGGGCCACGUCCACAGCCUCAAUGCCGUCCUCAAGAGCCCCGAGGUCUUGGUCAAGAUGAAGGAUGUGCGGUAUGCCAAGGAGGCACAACUCAUGGACACUUUCUUCGAAAAGCUCAAGUUCGAUGACGGCCGUGCUUGGUACGGGUCUGCUGCUGUCGAGAAGGCAAUCAACGAGGGCGCCGUCGGCCCUGGUGGUGGCUCUCUUCUCAUCAACAACUCUUUAUUCCGCAGUGAAGACCUUGCCGUACGGAAAAAAUAUGUGGCCUUGGUAGACAGGGUCAAAGCAGCUGGCGGCGAGGUGCGCGUUCUGAGUAGUGACCACGGCAGCGGCCAGCGUCUACACAUGCUUGGUGAUAUUGCCGCCAUACUCACAUAUCCACUUUUAGACCUUGAUGAUGACGAAGACGAGGAAGAGGAUGUUGAGGGAGAGGAAGGGGAGGAGGGUCAACCACCACCAGAAAGUAGGAUGAGACACGUUGACGACGACACAGAUCUGAUGAAUGGCAUAAUAUGA